ACAAGUUGGGGCUGGCGGCGGACCAGGCUGUUGUUGUUCUCAACGUGGUCCGCCCCGCGCCCAUAUAAAGGGCGGCGGCGGCGCCCGCCCCGGCAGAGCGCGGACCGAGCGGAGCAGAUACAGCGUGCCCGCCGGGCCCCGCCGCGCCGCCGCUGCCCCCGCCCGCCCCCGCUCCGGCCCGUGGCCCCCCGCACCAUGUCGGUAGAGCUGGAAGAAGCCGAUCUGCCCCUGACUGAGGCGGAGGAGGCACCGCUCUCCCCGGAGAAGAAAGCGGCCGCUAAGAAGGCGAAAGGAGGCGGCGGCGGCUCCUCGUUGUCGCCGUCGAAGAAAAGGAAGAACAACAAGAAGAAGAACCAGCCGGGCAAAUACAGUCAGCUGGUGGUGGAGACGAUCCGCAAACUGGGCGAGCGUAAUGGCUCCUCGCUCGCCAAGAUCUACAACGAGGCCAAGAAGGUGGCCUGGUUCGACCAGCAGAACGGCAGGACCUACCUGAAGUACUCCAUUAAGGCGCUGGUACAGAACGACACGCUGCUCCAGGUCAAGGGCACCGGCGCCAAUGGCUCGUUCAAGCUCAACAGGAAGAAGCUGGAAGGCGGCGGCGAGGGGGGCACGGGCAGCAGCGCCCACAAAUCCCACAAGAAGGCGACGGCCUCCACAUCCCGGCGGGCGGAGAAACCCGCGGCCAAGAGCAAGAAGCCCGAGAAGAAAUCGCACAAGAAGGGAGCCGGCGGCGCGGCGGCGAAGAAGGACAAGGGCAAAGCCAAGAAAGCUACCAAGAAGGGAGCCGCGUCUCCUGGGGGCAAGAAGGUGAAGAAGUCGGCAAAGCCCAAGGCGCUCAAGAGCCGGAAGGCAUGAGAUCGGGGCGCUGGGAGCCCCCCGCCGCCCCCCGGACUGUGAGCCCCGCGGCACAGACUGCUCUGAGGACAGACCCCAGGAGACCCGCUUUGUCUUUGUGUUGCUGACUCGGCUCCGCAGCCGCCGCCGUGCGCGGUGAGCGGGGCUGCGGCCGCCCCAGCCCCCCUUCCUCUUCUCCGCCGCCUUAUUUUUUUUCUACCCCCCCCCCCCAUCCCGCCCCGCGGCUUCUCCCCGAUCGCGCCCUUUUGUUUUCGGCCGUGCCCUUCCCCGCCUGUAGACGGUUCCCGGCCC